CGGGCUCUCUGCGGGUGGAAAAGUGGGCGUGACUUAGGAGGGAAGUCAGCCGAAACCUGGCAGAGGUCGCCGGCUGGGAAGAACCGCUCUCUGCGCUAGGAGAGACCAGCCACGAUGCCUACCUCUGUGCCCCGCGGGGCCCCUUUCCUUCUCCUACCACCUCUACUGAUGCUGUCUGCUGUGCUGGCAGUGCCUGUGGACCGCGCAGCUCCUCAUCAGGAAGACAGCCAGGCCACUGAGACCCCGGACACGGGCCUGUACUACCACCGGUACCUCCAGGAGGUCAUCAAUGUGCUGGAGACAGAUGGGCACUUCCGGGAGAAGCUGCAAGCUGCCAGUACUGAGGACAUUAAGAGUGGAAAGCUGAGUCAAGAGCUGGACUUUGUCAGCCACAAUGUCCGCACCAAGCUGGAUGAGCUCAAGCGACAGGAGGUAUCAAGGCUGCGGAUGCUGCUCAAGGCCAAGAUGGACGCAAAGCAGGAGCCUAACUUGCAGGUGGACCACAUGAACCUCCUGAAGCAGUUUGAACACCUGGACCCUCAGAACCAGCACACAUUUGAGGCUCGGGACCUAGAGCUGCUGAUCCAGACGGCCACCCGAGACCUUGCCCAGUAUGACGCUGCACAUCAUGAAGAGUUCAAACGCUACGAGAUGCUCAAGGAACAUGAGAGGAGACGUUACCUGGAGUCUCUGGGAGAGGAGCAGCGCAAGGAGGCCGAGAGGAAGCUACAGGAGCAACAGCGCAGACACCGGGAACACCCCAAAGUCAAUGUUCCUGGUAGCCAAGCCCAGUUGAAGGAAGUAUGGGAGGAGCUGGAUGGAUUGGACCCCAACAGGUUCAACCCCAAGACCUUCUUCAUACUGCAUGACAUCAACAGUGAUGGUGUUCUAGAUGAGCAAGAACUGGAAGCUCUCUUUACCAAGGAGCUGGAGAAGGUGUAUGACCCAAAGAAUGAGGAGGAUGACAUGAGAGAGAUGGAGGAAGAACGGCUUCGAAUGCGGGAGCACGUGAUGAAGAAUGUGGACACCAACCAGGACCGGCUUGUGACCCUGGAGGAAUUCCUGGCAUCCACACAGAGGAAGGAGUUUGGGGACACUGGGGAGGGAUGGAAGACUGUGGAAAUGUAUCCAGCCUACACAGAGGAAGAACUGAAGCGUUUUGAAGAGGAGCUUGCUGCCCGGGAAGCUGAGCUGAAUGCCAGGGCCCAGCGCCUCAGUCAGGAGACAGAGGCCCUGGGGCGCUCCCAGGACCGCCUAGAGGCACAGAAGAGAGAGCUGCAGCAGGCUGUUCUGCAAAUGGAGCAAAGGAAGCAGCAACAGCAAGAACAGAACAGUCCGCCUUCCAAACCCGAUGAACAGCUGCAGUUCCGUGCAGACACAGAUGAUGCUCCUGUCCCAGCUCCAGCAGGUGACCAGAAAGAUGUGCCUGCUUCUGAGAAGAAGGUCCCAGAGCAGCCCCCUGAGCUGCCACAGCUGGACUCCCAGCAUUUAUAACCCCAAGAGACCCCAGCCCUCAAGUUCCCACAGACAGUGAUGGAAACUGGAUGAAGUGUCCUUGCAGCCUCUCUGGAGACCAAAGCCUUCAUGGCCUCCUGGGGAGAAGAACAGGGCUACCCUGUUCCUCAGAUGCGCUUCUGCCCCUGUCUACCAGCCUGCUUUCGACCUCUGGGUUCCAGUUUCUUCCUCCCUCCUUCCCUUCUUCCUCCCCUCCCUCCCUCCCUUUUUCCCUCCCUUCUUCCCUCUCUCCCUCCUUCCCUACCUUCCUCCCUUUACUGUCAGGGACUUAACUGCAGGAGCUGAAGUUCCAGGAGACGCUCAUCCCACUUGGAGUGCACACUGCAGGCCGGCCUGCCUUCCUGCUUUGCUCUUAGCUGUUCCAGGCUGAGCCUCUCUGCUUCCUGUACAUAGUGUCAGUGGGUUACAGGAACCUGGCUUGGUCUCUCUGACUCCUUGCCUUCUGUGGAGCCAAUGAUCUCAAUUCCUUUUGGUGGCUAGAGGCCACCAGGAUGUGGGGUGUCCUUCAAGUAGCUAUCAGCUCUGCCUGGGACUCCUGGCCUCCACCACCACUCCACUAGCCUUACCCUAACCUCUUGGGCUGAGUACCUACCCCAUGGCCCCAGAAGGUACCCAGAUAUGGCCACACCCCUAGCUGAGGUCCAGCCCUGCUCAGCACUCUAUAGGGGCUCCUGAAAAUUGUUUCACCCACUUCCCUUGCUUCAGGCCACAUUGCUGUGUCCUGCUCUGUGCCCCAGUUCCAUCCAAAUAUAGCCCGGCACAAAUAAACAUUAGCAUAUCUGUGUGAAUGUACUGCCCUCUUGCAAGUCCCACCUACACGCCACCUGCUCGACUCCCUGGUAUCCUAGGGCACAUUAUUUUUCCCUGCCAGGAGGCUUGUGGAGUGGCUUUCUAUGUGCUCUGGCCAAUGACCUCAUUGCUUCAUUUUUGCCAUGGGAACAGAAAAUCUACAC